GAAGAGAUUCCUCCUCAAAGUGUACCUGAAUAUGGCUCUGAAGCUGACACAGUGGAGUCUUCUGAUCAGCCCAUGCCACUAGAAACUACUCCAGUUCCCAUGGAAGUUGAGAAACCUAGCUUCCAUACUGUCCAAGACGCUACUGCUGAAGCAGUUAAUAUACUGCCAGAAGCCAUGGAAAAGUCAGGUUUCCUGACUGACAUUGGUUUGUGGCACAACUUAUCUACUCUGGUCCAAAAAUGGAAAUUCAUCA